AAUGGACAAAUUAUUAAUUAAAACGGAAUUUAUCGAAGAAAAUUGUCUUAUUUGCUUACGAACGGACAUCCAAUUACUCACGGAACAUGAAGUCAAGGCUGAAAUUUUAUCUUUGUACAAGGAAUUUAUCUCAAACUACGUCGAAAACUUGCAAGAAAUCCAAACAAAAAUUUGCUUUGAAUGCGUUGAUACCUUAAACAGCAUCUUAGAAUUCCGCAGCAAAUGUAUCACUUCCGUUCAAAUAUUGACCACCAAAGUUUAUCGGCAACCGGUUGUGAUGUUGGAAGAUAUUUCAAUGAAAAAUCUCGAAACCAUCGAGAUCAAAUCCGAAAUUUUCGCUGAAGAACUUCCCAUACAAGUUGUGCCAGUCACUAAAAAAUCUCUGAAAUCAAAGAAAAUCACUAAAAAAGCACUGAAGUCUGAAGAAAAGAAAGUUAGGACAUCAAAAAAGCCUCAAAUAGGUCCGUACUGCUACAUUUGCUGCUGCUCUAUUACACAAAUUCGAUUGCAUAUUACUCAAUUCCACGUCAUCGAACGAGAAAAUGACAAAAUUUGUUGUUCCUUGUGCCUUAAACCCUUUCCAAAGCUCGAAAAUUUGUACGAACAUCAAAAAACUUCACAUUCGGAAUACGAAAGUUCCAAACGUUGCGGCAAAUGUGAGGAUUUCGAGACGAAAAAUCGCGAAGAGUACAUCAAUCAUGUCCAUAAAGUGCAUUUUCCAGACAGAAAGCGAAUUUAUCCUUGUGAUUUUUGUUCAGCCGUUUAUUUGGAAAAAGUUUCCAUCAGAUCUCACGUGUGGCAACAUCUGGGGGGAGUAAAGUGCCAAUAUUGUUAUGAAACGUUCUUUGAUAUGCAAAAAAGACAAAAGCACAUAGAAAAACAUGAAAAAGAAAGAGAAACGCAGUAUAUUUGUGAUUUUUGUGGACAAAAAUCGUUCAGUAAAGCUAUCAUUAAAGCUCAUUUGAUCAAUCUACAUGUCAAUGUCGCAACUAUCAAAUGUCCAAAAUGUGAUAAACUUUUCAAGUCUAAAAGGCAUGUUACGGACCAUAUUUUAGGAUCUCAUGCAGAAAAAUCGACUAUUUGUCCUCAUUGUGGCAAAAAGUGUUCUAGUCCGAUGUCCCUAAAAUGUCACAUUUACCAAAAACACAACGAAAAUAGGAAGCCGCUGAAGAAAGCAGUUCGUCCCGAAACUCGUGAAUUUGCCUGUGAUGAAUGCGAAAUGAAAUUUUAUAAAAACCAUACACUCAAAAAGCAUAAAUUUACGCAUAGCAAGACAAGACCGUAUCAAUGCCAAAUGUGUUCAACUGGCUAUUACAUGAACGAGUACCUGAGAAAGCAUUAUUUGAGAGUGCAUGAUGUGACUUACAGUGCUAAGGAUAUUCGGAAAAUGUGUGGGUUUAAGUUACCUGGGGACUCGGAUCCAGAUUAAAAAAAAAAUUUUUUA